AUGUUUUGGCAUAAGGCCCAAAUAUCUGACACUGAGAAGGGUGAAGUGAGACGAUGGCGAGUGGGAGAGACUCGUGGGACAGUGGUGGCGGGUGGCAAUGGACAAGGUGAUCGUCUCGAUCAGCUGAACACUCCUCUCUUCGUCUUUGUCGACCUAGAUCAUACAGUGUACGUGUCGGAUUUCGGCAAUCAUCGUGUGAUGAAAUGGGAGGAGGGCGGAAAAGAAGGCACUGUUGUGGCCGGUGGUCGAGGCAACGGAAAUAGUCUCACACAGUUGUCGUAUCCUUACGGAGUUGUCUUGGAUCAGUUGAGCACUGUCUAUGUGGCGGACGGAUGGAAUCAUCGAAUCAUGCGUUGGCCCAAAGGAGCCACACAGGGAAGUGUCCUUAUGGGUGGAAACGGCACAGGAGGAGAAGCGAACCAGUUGUAUUACCCAAGGGAUUUGUCAUUUGAUCGACACGGUAAUCUCUAUGUUGUCGAUAACAGCAAUGAUCGAGUGCAACGCUUCAAUAUUGAACGCAGUUCUUCGUUGUUGAGACUUGAUUUGUUUGGCUAUCGAGUAAAAUCAUGA